GCUGCUGUGAUAAAGUGACAAUAAAAGCAGGUGUCGGAGAAUACCCUCCGGUCUUUUGAGAGAAGAAUCCCUGACAACCUCUCAGCUCCUGACUGAAGAGCACCGUCCAAACACACUCUGACACAUCAAUCUGGGACAAUGCAACUGAACCAUGUCAUAGUGACUCUUUGCCUCCUUGGCACAGUGGCCUUCUGUCGAGGGCAGGGUGCGGGGGCCACGGCCACGGCAUCACCGGAGGCCUCGGCUUUACCGGAGGCCUCGGCUUUACCGGAGGCCUCGGCUUCACCUGGGGCCUCGGCUUUACCGGACGCCUCGGCUUCACCGGGGGCCUCGGCUUCACCGGGGGCCUCGGCUUUACCGGACGCCUCGGCUUCACCGGGGGCCUCGGCUUCACCUGGGGCCUCGGCUUCACCGGACGCCUCGGCUUCACCGGGGGCCUCGGCUUCACCGGACGCCACGUCCAGCCAAGGAACGGGAGCCCCUGGGCCAGCAACUGAUCCCACUGUGCCUGUGGGAGAAGGUUCUUCAACAGGGCUUUCCUCUGGAGCCAUAGCUGGCAUCACCAUCGGCUCUAUCGCUGGAGUGGCUGCAGUUGGUGGUGGUAUCUUUGGGGCGUUGAAGUACACCGGGAGGCUCUGAGACUACUUCUGGCCGAACAACAACUGAAAUAGUAAAGCAUUGUAAAUGUAAACAUUAACCAUCUUAACUGAUUAAUUAUUGACCAUAUUAACCGGAUAAAGAAAAGGCCCUAUUGUCUGAAAAGCCCAAUUAGAUUUUUUUAAUUUUAAAGGGCUGGCAGGAAGACAUAAAAGUAAAUUUGACUUUUUUAUUUUGUGUGUCCGCCUGUAAGUCGGGAAAAAAUACUUAGUUGAUCAAAAAAAAAGUUCUAUAUAGAAGUUUUAGUUUUUUUCUGGUUUAAAAAUGUAAAAAGAAAAUGCAAAGGUGUUUAAUUAUUUUUUUUUAUAUCUGUAGAUAUUAUCAAUAAUGAGCCAGAUUUCCUAAUAUCUAUUUUGUGUGCACAGAGAAAAAUAAUUUGCUGUAAAUUUACUUCUGUGUUCUGUCCCAGCAGAUAAAACUAUAGUCCAUAUAUAUUUACUGUAGCCUAUAUAUGGAGAAAAACUGUGAAAUCCCUAUAUACAUUUAAUAAAUGACUCUUUCUCCUUAAUAUAAA